AUGGCUCGUUCAUUGCUCCAUCUACUAGUGGUAGGUGUUGUGUUGGUGGUCGCCACUCUGGGCUCGCCAACGACGUCGGCGUCGCUCUCGUCUGUUCGUCUGCAACGUCGGGCUGGAUUCACCGAUGCAGACGGUAGCGCUGUGUUUCGACAGUGUACGCAGCGCUACAACACUUCGCGCAUGAACCCUCUGCCGCAACAAGGCUACUUUAACCCGAACAAUGGCACAAACGGAAGCAUGCUUACGAUCUGGCUCGACGGUUCACCAGGCGAGCCGAUCAACGCCAUCAUAUCGUCCAACUCGUCGGCUCAAGUUCUCUGUCCCGAAGGAUUCCUCCGAUCGAUCAACUUUGGCGUUUCUUGCCUUGGUAACGUGAACGGAACCAACCAGUACGCCAACCUAGGCGACGGAUUUGGUGUUCGCGAACAGGGCAAUUACGACGGUGGCAACGGCGUUCUGCGCUGGAACUACGGAGACACUACGUUUGGUACAUGCAAGGAAUCUAUCCAGGGUGAUAAUCAUUUUCGCUGGUUUAUCCAGAAUGGGUCUUCUGCUUUUACGGGCGCCAUCUUUAUCGCGGCCUCCAUGGAAGAAUCGGCUGCUUUGGGUCACAAGAUUCAGCGCGAUGGCUACAAUCGUGGACGCGACUAUCUGGUUGGCAAUGCCACGAUCAAUCAGACCACCUCGUAUAAGGGCUUUGUAUGGUCUACUAAGCUCGACUGGAUCCCAGCUGGCGUCUUGCUAAAUGCUACCAGUGACGGCAUCAAUCAUCCAGACGUGGCCUUGCCCGGUCAGCCCGUUCAGGAUGGUAGAGUCGCCCUGUUGACCGUCACCCAGUUGCAAGAACCCACCAACUUGACCAGUCAGAACGCAGCUAUCCCCUCAAUCUUGCCUCUAUCUACCUUGCUCAUCGCCAUACCAUUCUCCAUCAUACCACUCGCCAUCACCACCUUCGUCCUCUAG